AUGGGCCCGAAACCCGCCCGUACCACCGCUUCUAUUCAAGCAAAAAAGCGCACCAUCCCCUCCUCAGACUCCGCAGACCGCAAACGCGCCCGAACCUACGAUGCCCGCAAGCUCGCCGUCCAGAGCUCCGACGCCGCACUCUCCAAGACCGGUGAGCUCGAUGUAUCCGCCUUCGUAGCGGCGCGGGAAUUCGAGGUUCGUGCGCUGGAGGCCGGAAUCCGUAAUUCGAAGUCCGCACUGGCAUCCAGGGCGUUUCAGAAAGUUCCCAGGAGUCUUCGGAGGAGGACAGCCAGUCACAAUGUGAAGAGGGUUCCUAGUCGGUUGAGGGCGAGGGCGCGGAGGGAGAUGAUUGAGGAUAAUACACCAAAGGUCACGGCUCGACGACGCAAACCUAUACAGCUCCUACGUUUGCGGUUAGAGACUGCCAGGCGCUUACAGAACCUGAACUCCCGCUCCAAGGCUAGACGAGCUGCGAAAAAUGCUUCGACGCUGGAUCUAGUUCCCCUUCCCGAGGAUGAAGGGAAAGGAUCCCAAAAAAGACCAACACACGAUGUCAAUAUUGCGCCUCGCGUGCCGAAGAUUAAGAAAAACAGGCUUUCUCAUCCUGAAAAGCCGCAGUCAAAAUUCAAGAAGCGCCAGCGGUGCAAGACCUGGUUGCCCACACACGUGUUCCAUGCGAAGAGGGCGCACAUGACGAGCCCCAAGGAUCCAUUGUGGCGGUUUGUGGUGCCUUUGAGUCCGACGGAGAAGAGUUAUAGGCCUACUCAUAGGGCUAGUGGGGCGAGAGGUGCCGUUGCGUGGGAUAUGAGCUAUAUUUCGACCAUCGGAUUGGAGGGUUUGGAGGUAUGUCUGGAACGGCUGUUUACGGCGCUGGGUGUUGUUGGGGAAGAGGCGUGGGGGAAUAAGGGGAAAAAGUGGAAGGCCGGGACGAGGGGGUUGGAGGUAUGGCUGUUUGAGACCGGAGGAGAGGAGGGAAUGGGAGAUGGAAAAAGGCCAAUUGCGCCUGUUACGCUCAUUUGGUGCUCGGAGAAAACGGAUGAGGAUGUCGAGAUGGCUGAUGCAGGGGCCAAAGCAAAGAAGCCUAAACGGAGGAUGUUUCUAAGGGUCCAUCCGUCGGCGUUCUUGCAGGUGUGGGAGGAGGUGUUGAAAGCGGCAAAGGUACAACAUCCGCAAGUCAUGGUUGAGGAUCUUAGGUUUGAUAUUGGGAGUAUUGAGAUUACGGGACCCGGUGCGACUGAGGCUCUGCUUGGUGCUCUAAAGCCUAUACCCAAGUCUGAUGGGAAAGAGUGGCCAAAAGGUUCCCCUGAAUCAACAUGGAUUUCACUCGCAGGCCUCACAAAUGCAGCAUCACUGCCACAAAAUGCUCUGCUAGCUUUCAAUAUUUCCGAUCCUCGUCUACAGCAUCCUCCUCGAACCAUCAAACUCCCGACUUCUGAAGCCAGUUCAAGUGACCUUGCAGUUCUCUUAUCUUCAUGGGAGCCUGAUUCGACACAACUUAGACCGGACCUAUUCUCUCGCCCCGCACGGUUAACAGCCUCUCGCCUCCUGCCUAGCCAAAAGGCCAUCAACCGCCGAAAAUCCCUAGCCAGCCCAGGUGAAUAUCCUUCCCCAAAACCUACAGACCCUCGCAUACCAGUUCUCAUCCUGGCAUCACGCCCAAAAUCUUUAUCUAGCGGUGGAAAUUCCCAGGGUACUUACACAGUUAUGCUUCCAUGGAAAUGUGUUGUACCCGUGUGGUAUUAUAUCAUGUACUACCCCAUGUCCUCAGGAGGGAACCCUCGCUUUGGCGGCCUGCUGGAAAAGCAGCAACUUUCAUUUGAGUGUUCUGAGCCUUGGUUUCCUGGGGACUACCCAGGAACAAAUGCCGGAUGGGCAUGGGAAAUGCGCGAGAGGGACAUUCGAAGGAAAGAAUGGGAGCGCAAACCGAAGCAGAAGCGCAUUGCAUAUGACAGCAUUGAUCUCGGUGGGCCGAAGAAGGGUGAAAUUGGACUAGGUUGGGCUUGUGAUUGGGAACGACUUGUCCAAUCUGAGCCCCUUGAAAAGGAUGAAGGCCUUGCAAAGACCGGGGAACCCGCCACCGCGGUUGUUGAAGGCGAUCAAACAGAAAUUAAAAUGAAGAAACAGCAGAAACCAUUAGAGAGAGAAAAUAAAAAACGAAAAAGAGAAAAGCAGAAUAAAUCUGCAUCAACAAGCGCGACCACGUAUACAUUUACCCGUCCCGCCCCGCCACCGCUACACAUCCACCACCUCCCCCCCUCCGCCGCCUUUACAAUCCUCAACGCAAAGUCAAGGCCAAAGCCCUCCGCUAGCCUCCCUACCCCCUUCCAAUUCCACCUCACCCACCCUGCCCUCGCCACAGUAAAACUCACCCUCAUCAACCGCGGCACCCCAACCCCCCGCGCACGCAUCUAUCGCCUCCCAGCUACCAAUCUUUCCCUACGCAAUGAAUGGCUAUCCCUCCUCAGCCCAUCAGCGCGCACACCCAGCGCCCAGCACCAGAGCAAGAAGCAGAAACAAGCCCAAAUAUUCCAAGCCAGCAGCAAACUACUCCCGACAGAUCUAUCCGCUGACCCGCAGCCAGCAGCUCACUUGCCCAUGCCGGGCGAGGAGGAUUUAAUUGGCUUCGUCACGACGGGGAAUUAUAAUUUGACAGCUGGGAAGGGGACUGGUGUUGCUUCAGUGUUGGUGGACAGGGUGGUUGGUUGCGACGCUUCUGGUCUUGACGAGCUGGAUUCUUUGUCCGAGUCGCGGUCCCAGGUAUCUGGAAAAGGUGCCAAGGGGAUAAAGGUAGGGAUGUCCAGGGAGAAAUUGGCAAGGGUGUGUAUUGUCCGGUCUGCUGGGGAGAGGGUGGGGAGGUUGGGGGUUUGGGAGGUUGUGUGA